CACACAAAAAUUAACAAAAACAUAUAUAAAACGCAGAGCACAUAAAAACCAUUUCCCUUCUUUGCAGAAGAAAAUCACCGGCCAUGACCUCCCAAGCUUGCUCCUUCGCCGUCACCGUUCCCUCCGUUGCCUCCCCUCUCCGGCGCCACCGCAAUCUCCACGUUGUCCGAGCUCAAGUGGAACCAUCAGAAAAAUCUAUUGAAAUUAUGAGGAAGUUCUCAGAGCAAUAUGCCCGUAAAUCAGGAACAUACUUUUGUGUGGACAAGAGUGUUACUUCUGUUGUUAUCAAGGGGUUGGCUGACCAUAAAGAUUCAUUGGGUGCACCACUGUGUCCUUGCCGGCAUUAUGAUGAUAAACCUGCUGAGGCGCAACAGGGAUUUUGGAAUUGCCCAUGUGUUCCAAUGAGAGAGAGGAAGGAGUGCCACUGCAUGCUCUUUCUCACUCCUGAGAACGAUUUUGCCGGCAAGGAACAGGCUAUCACCUUGGAUGAAAUUAGAGAAACAACAGCAAAUAUGUAAAACAGAUUAUUAUGUAUUAAGUUACUUAUUAGUUGUUACAGCCUGUAUGUUUUGAAAGACAAUGGGAAAGAAAGGUGCAAUGAUAUGUAGGUAAGUUGCUUGUUGUAUUCACCAUAAAUCACAUGUAAUUUUUCACUUGGGCUCUUUCUAGAUAUAGCCUAACUUACACUGUAUUACAAAUCUCAUUCAUUUCAUCACUUCAUUUUCAAA